GUAUAAAUAUAUAAAUAAUAUAAAUAUAUAAAAAAUAAAGUAAUAUAAUGAUAACUGAAUGACCAUUUUUAUAUCACAUGCACAAAUAUGUAUGGAAGUCAAAUGUUUAUAUCUCUGAAACGAUUGAGUUUUCGACCUAUGUUUAUUUUAAGACUUUUACUUAGUAUUGCAUUGUACUAUCUAGCAUGAACACUGAAUACUUUCUUUUAAACACCCUUUAUAUGUAACGUUAGAGGUACUCAGCACUUCUUGUCUUUUUUAUACAUUAAGAUAUAUAUAUUACGAACUCACAUCCCUUGCAUCGUGAAUCGAUGCUACUGCGUGAGAAAAUUGCAGAUGUAAUGCGUGUCAUUGCAACCAACUUAUUAAUCAUAUAUCAAAUUUUUUUGUCGGCAUUACUUCUCACAUCUCACUUCUCGCUUGAAAGAAUAAGCAGUUCGCAUAUUUAAUGUGCUUUGCCCCUCACUUUUAAAAAGUUUAUGCAUACGCGAUGUUUAAAAGAGAAUUCUUUGUUAAAUGCGAGGUAACGUGGGUUUCUGUAGAAAUAGCAACCGCCAGUUUCUCGUAAACUUUCGAUAUGGAUGAUUCCAAGUACUCGGGACAAAAAGAUUUCGAAUGGGCAGUGAAAUUGAAUCGUGCGGGUCUGAAUUUAAUUGGGCUAUGGCCUAAUCCGGAAGAAAAUCCCAGACAGAAACUAAUUAGCAAUAUACGUGUCGUCCUUACAUUUGUGGUGGUGAUAAGUUUACUAGUGCCUUCUGUGCAUUCAUUAAUUAAAACUCAUUCUGAUAUUAUGCUAACAAUAGACAAUUUACAAAUUACGUUACCGGUUCUUAGCAGCAUUAUAAAGCUCCCAAUAUUUUGGAGGAAAAAGGAAGUUCUCACGUCGAUCAUAAACAUGAUCGUCGAAGACUGGUUGAAGUCAAAAAACAUCCACGAAAGGAAUAUAAUGAUCAAAUGGGCGCUAUGUACACGUAUAAUUAUGACAUGCACGUAUGUUGUAAUAACAAUGGCAUUUAUAUUUUUUUUUGGCAUGCCUAUUUGCGGAAAAUCAAUGAUAUUGCCACUGAAUAUCACUGAUUCAGACAAAUCAUUGCCCCUACCAACUUUUUACAUUUACGAUGUAACAAAGAGACCACAGUAUGAAUUAACAGUUCUUAACCAAUGCAUCUCUAUCAUCACCGUUGCUCUGCUUUAUACAGGAAUUGACAAUUUUUUUGGGUUAUUAGUUUUUCAUAUUUGCGGACAAUUGAACAUCAUGAGUAAUCGUCUCAAACAUAGUCAUGAAAAUUUUCAUGCUGUAUUGAGAAGUAGUGUGAUGUGUCAUAUUCGAUUGCUCAGGUAUAUAAACAUAUAUUGCAAUAUAAUCAUACCGAUAUUUUUAUAUAUAUAUGUAAGUUUAUAUUUUAGAGCUAUAAAUAUUAUAGAAGAUACGUACAAUGUGAUUCUUUUAAUAUUGUUUCUAUAUUAUCUAAUAAUAUUUGCAUUCUGCGGAUUCGUAUUAGUUACUGUGUUUGAAGACGAAGGAAAUGAUAUAUCGGUAACGCGUUUGUCAUUUCUUUUCCUGAUGAUUAUCUCCAUGAUCUUACAUAUGGGUAUUUAUUGCGCUGUUGGCGAAGCGUUACUAACAGAAAUCAAUGGUAUUCAUUAUGCGGUAUAUGAUUGCGAAUGGUAUAUCCUUGAUCCAAAAAAUGCAAAGGACUUAAUCCCAUUUAUAAUUAAAGUUAGUGAGCCACUAUAUUUCACUGCUGGGAAAGUAUUUCCUAUAACAGUGGCUAUGCUUGGCAAUUUAAUAAAGACAUCGGCCGGUUAUACAUCCGUGUUACUUACAUCAAGAAGGAAGUAAAAAUGUAUAUAAGAUUAGAUUGUUUGUAGCUCUUCCUAGGAUCACUGAAAUGUUAUAUUUAAACAGACUAGUAUCAUCAAUUUUGGAUCAUUCAAAUAACAGUUUUAUUAUGUAAUGAAAACACAUAGUUGAAACUAUGUAUUAAAGGAUUAAAGCUUCAACACAUA